AGAGAGCAGAGAGGACGAGGGGUCAAAAAGCAACAACAAUCUACACCAGGCUUCAUCAGACGUCCAGCAAGUCCGUCCGGAGAGUGACCCAUCGGAAUUCGUCGCAGACAAACAGGGAACAACUCCUCGUCCAAAUGUAGAGAGCUCUAACGAAGGCAAUAAUCAGAGAGCAGGGAAUUUAUCUGUUGAAGAAUUUGGUUCUGUAUCAAAGCCAGACGUCAGUGUCCCUCUCAUUGAUAAUUUUGAAAACACGCCAGUCGAUUCCUUUGAUAGAGCUGUUUCUGCUCCGCGUGACAAAGAUCAGAAAGAUCCGACAGAUUUAGAAGAAAAAACCCAAGGUCUCCUUCGGUCGUCAUCGUCAGAAAAUUCAACGCUCUCUGCUCCAGAGUUUAAAGCUCGAGAGAGUCAGGAGGAGACUUCCGAAAAUGUCCGGACGGCUAAAUCAUCGGUGACACAUGAAGUCGAAGAAGCACGAGAACAAGACGGGAGUGAAGAAGACAUGGACGCUAGGAGAAGAAGGAAGCUGCUGGAACGGACAAGCGAUGUUUCGACCGAGGAUUCUUCAAGCUGGAGGUCAAGGGUUUACCAGAAAGAUGUGGAACCCUCUCGAGUUGAAAGGUCCGGGUCGCUGACCUCUUACACCGGGAAGACCUCGAGAUCGUCUUACCAUGAGGAAACUAGCACAUGCGAGGGUCGUAGAGGAAGCGCAGACGUGUCCCCGAGAGAUUCCACUAGGCGGAGGUCAGAGGACACCAGCUCUGCAGAUUUGGCGGAGCGGCUUGCGAAACGAAGGGCGCAGAGGCUUGAAGAACAGGGGAAGAGCUCGAGCCAGGAGAAAGAAGGGUCGGUGGACAGCCCCAGGACGCUGCGAGACAGACGGCGGAGCAGAGACAGCAGCGCUUUGUCUCAGGACAGUGUCGAGAACGGGGAUCACGGCGAGGAUCGUUUGUCGGUACGUCGAGCCGCCUCAAGGAGACACGAGGUGGUGGAGAGCGGAGGUUCGGGCGCGGAAGGGGCUGGGGAUCGCCGACACCGCUGUGGGAGUCGGGAUAGCGUGAUCUCUGCCGACAGUGUCGACAGUAGCGUUGGGGAGGAUCAGGGGCGUAGACGAUGGUCGCGGAGAAGGGGAAGCGACGAAGAGGCUGGCUCUAUAGGAGCGACAGUUGGUAGUGAAGAGGUGGAGGCUGGACGAAACAGAAGGUUGAGCAGCCGGGACAGUUGUUUCCAGUCAGCGGAAAGUGGACAGAGUUUACGAUCUGUAGAAGGCGAGGAUAGGAGAAGCUCUCUUGACGUGGUGCCUGACAUCGCUGCGGAGAAUCAGAAUAAUAACAGCGCGUCCAGGGCCUUCGCCUCUACUUCUGACAGCCUCUCAGUUAGUUCACUGACUUCAUCCUCGGUCCGCAGACGACACCGUCGUGACGUCAUUGAAGAGCGGGAAGAAGAACAAGCAGGCGGUGACGUCCCGUCCUCUUCUUCCAUCGUCACACCGGCGGUUGUGAAUGGAGUGAAUAAUGACGUCAAACGUACAGCUCCAGGAGAAUUGGGUGGGGGCGUGUCGGAAAGUAGCUCUGCCUCCACUAGAUGGCGAGACCACAUCUCUCUCAGUGGCUCCGCCUCCGUUGACACUAGCUCCGCCUCUGCUGACACCGGCUCAGCGAGGAGGAGUUCUGAAGACGGUGGAGGGCCGGAAGCGGCGAACGGUGGCCAGGUGGAAAGUUUCCAGGCCAGGCUGAGGCGACUGAGGGGGGCGGAGUCAGAGGAUGUUACGUCAAACACUGAGGCAUCUACCACGACAAGUAGAAAGGAAAGUUCCUCCACGCCCACCCUAGCAGCGAAUGAAACCUGCAAAGAAGUCUCGACUAACGGUGCCCACGACAGAGAAGAAAAAACCGCUUCGGAAGGAGUAUCUCACCCUCGGAACGUACCGGAAGCUACCGUUGCCGGGGAAACGUCCGAGGUCUAUGCCACACCCCCUGCCACGCCCCCUGGCACACCCCCGGAAGAGGGCGUGUCCGCGAGGAAGCGUAAAGUUCGCAAAGACAAGAGCUCUGUUAGAAAAUCUGCUCUGAAUAUGAGUACCUCAGAGGAAGAUGACAGCGACCCAAGGG